GGAGGGAGUACGGGGAGCAAGUAUGCGCCACUCAUACUCUACGUCCUCAUCUUCAGCCUCCUUGCAGUCCUGAUCAAGCAGACGACCCGGGGGAGGAGCUUCGACUAUGAACCAUCGUCCCUCGUGCUGCUUUCGGAGAUCCUCAAAGCUGCUGUUUCCUUCGCCAUGUUCACCAUCGAGAGUAGGCUGGAAAAGCAGCCGCUGCAGCAGCAGCUGUAUCAUGCGUUCCUGCACCAUGACUGGAAGAUGGUCGUUCCUGCCUUCCUGUACACAGCUUGCAACCUGCUGACGUUCUCGAACUUGGCCAACUACGAGCCACAAACUUACACAAUCCUCAUGAAUAUCAAGAUCCUCAUCACCGCUCUCUUCUGGUCCAUCCUCUUCAACAAGGCCAUCACUCUGCGAGUUCUGACGUCUCUGAUCAUCCUCACCUUGGGCUGCGCGCUUGCAAACAUAGACUGCGACAAGCUAUCGAGGGGCAUUCUUUCCUCCUUUCGCACCUCUCACUUCCUCUUCGUGCUGCUGCAGGCGACCGUCUCAAGCCUCGCGGCGGUUUGCAACGAGCUCCUCCUCAAGAAGGCCAGCCCUGCGACGAGCUCCAGCAUGAACCGCUCGAACUUCGUGCUCUACUCCAUGUCGUCGGUGCUCAACGCUCUUGUGCUCUCGUGGAGCGGGGCGGCGCAUUGGAUGACGCGGGUAACAUGGCGCAUAGCGUGUAUCGUCUUUCUCCUGGUCAGCGGGGGGCUGUGCACAGCCUACACGCUCAAGAACUUCAGCGCGAUAACAAAGGCGUUCGCCACUUCGUGUGAGAUCCUUCUGACAGCAAUGCUGGCGAACGCUCUCAUGGGGACUCGGAUCCAGUCGUGCUUCUGGAUGAGCUUUUCUCUCAUUGUCGCGUCUCUUGCUAUGUACAAU